UUCCAGUGUUCACCCGUCGGCCCUGGUCACGUAGUCGCCCUCCGCGCGCUCGUCAAUCCCAGAGCUGGAGGAGAUUGAUUUUUUUUUUCCCAAUUACAUUUUAACUCGCCCUUCCCAUUUUUUUGAUUACUGAUUAACCAGUGAAAUAUUCCUCUUUAUUUCAAUGCUGUGAGGACAUGACAUUGAAUUACAAACAGACGUUCACUUGACAGGCAGGUGGAGGAGAUUUGUCGGCGGAGAAGUGGGUGUGUGGAGGAGAUUUGUCGGUAGAGGUGGAGAAGUGUGGGUGUGUGCGGAGGACUCGCUUUUCCAUCCGUUGGGUCAUCCAGAGCCUGGCACCAAGAGAGGAUCCGGAUUAUGGGAAGAUUAGAGAGCCGGACAAGGUAGGCGUCCGGUCCGGGCGUCAGAACCCAACCGGACUCCUUGGAUAGAAAACGCACCGAGACUCCAUAUUGGCAAAACCCGGCCACGAGAGCGGAAUUAACAGUGAGAGCGGGGAGGAUAACCCCUGAGCCAGCGCCAUGCUGACCUUGAAGCUACCCAGAUUGUUGACCGUUCAGCAAGUGCCCAAGGUGUUCCAUGAAGAUAGCAUUAUAUGUGGAUACCGCUCCCCUCGCAGCUCUGCCUUGGCUUGUGUCCUAAGUCUCUUCCAGAUGACCAACGAGACCCUUAACAUCUGGACACACUUUCUACCAUCCUGGUACUUCUUAUGGAGAUUGGGGUCUGUCCUGAUCUCUGCAGGGUCCCUACAAGACCCGUUUAUGUGGCCCCUGUUCAUCUUCCUGGUCUCCUGCUGCAUCUAUCCAAUGAUGUCCACCAUCGCGCACACCUUCAGUGUCAUGUCUACCCAGGCCAGGCACAUCUGCUUCUUCCUGGACUAUGGAGCGCUGAGUCUCUACAGUCUUGGGUCGGCCGUCGCUUACUCUGCCUAUGUAUUCCCGGACCGGUGGGUUAACAGUUCUUUCCAUCAAUACUUUGUGCCCUGGGCCUUUUUCAACACGAUCGUCAGCACAGGAAUGUCCUGCUACUCCAGGCUGGGUGCCCCCAUCCUGCAUUAUAACCAGGUCCUGGCAGAAAGGUUUCCAGAAGAGACUCGCCCGCGGAUCAGCAAAGUAUUGCGGACAACGGCCUUUGCAUAUCCCUACCUGUUUGACAGCAUUCCAUUGUUCUAUCGGCUGUUUCUUUGCUCCGGUGAGGAUUGCGCACACAACGCCGCCAUGACCAUGCAUUUCUGGCACACAGCUUUUGCCUUCCUAACUGGCUUUCUGUUUGCCACACACCUUCCAGAAAGACUUGCCCCUGGGUGCUUCGACUAUGUAGGUCACAGUCAUCAGCUGUUCCACGUGUGCGGUAUCCUGGGCACAUACUUCCAGAUGGAGGUGCUAAUCCUGGAUAUGAAUCUAAGGAGGGCGUGGCUACUGGACAAUGGCCCCGUUCCCACGCUCUCCCUCACCUUGGGAGCCUGGUCCCUGGCGAUGGCCAUUACUUUACUAAUUAUUGCCGCUUUCUCUUGGGGUCUGUACUGGAAUCCAAAGAAAAAUAAGAAAUUGUGAGCCAAGAAGAAGUCGCCUAUGAAGAUUAUUUUUACUCUUUGCGUAAUUCUACACCACCGAAUGUAGAGAAUGGUUACAAAACGAUCACUCCUGCUUAAAAGACGAUGAAGAUAUGUUAAUUCUUGCGUUGUAGCGCCUAAAGUUUCAGCAAUAGGCUUACCUGAUUCGUUGCCAAUGUUUUUUUUUGCCAAAUGUUUAACAGUAAUAUGGAACCGUUCCAUUGACGAUAUAUCGGGAAGCGGACAAAAUGUUAAAUAUCUAUUCUUUGUUGAUAGGAAGGAGCAGCAAAGCGCUUUAUGUCUGUAUGUUACCUUUAUGAAGAAGCAGAUGACUGCAAUCUCUUACAAAAGGUGUUUUUUUUCCCAAGAGUCCCAUGGCGUUUAUAGCCCACAGUAUAUGAAAAAAUGUAAUUGCUCUGCAUUAUAUUGGUUGCCCCACCCCCAACCUUUUAUAGGUGAUUUACAAAGGUGGCGGCCAUGUUGAAGGCGCUGUGAUGUGAUU